AGAAUCCAGCUGCUAAACUGACACAGUUUGUUUUCUUUGAUUUCAGAUCUUCUAUUUCAUAGUCUCUGUUAUUUCCUGUUUCUUGUAACUAAUAAGACCUGAACGUCUGCUUUUACCAGCAAAGACGUUCACCUGCAUUAAAACAGUGCUGAGCUGUUUUAGGAAUUUACAUUAUCAAUCAAUCAGUGUUUGAUCAGUAAAUGGGGAAGGAACUAAUUAUUUAUCCAAUUAUUUCAACAAUAGAUUAAAAGAAAAAGCGUUUACACAUUUCACAACUUAGAUAAGUUUUGAUAAUAAGUAAAUGCUGAUGUCAGCGUUCACACACUGAGCAGUGAGUGUUUCCUGCUCACAUCAGGAUGUGGUGACGGUAACAUCACAUUCUGCAUCGGCGCAUGAUGGACACCGCGUCUCUCUGCCUUCUGCUCUGCCUGGCUCAAGGGCACUACAGUGCAGCUGAUGUGGCCGAACUCAGCCUCCGUCCUGACAGGUCACUCUUCUUCUGGUACGAGGAAAUCAUCCUGAGCUGCUCUGCACCAGGAGGCUGGAGCGACUGGAGCGUGAGGAGGAACACGUCCAAGCAGACGGCCCAGCGGUGCCAGCUGGGCUGGGCCGUCCCCAGCGGGUCCACCUGCACCAUCGAGGACUCGGACCCGUCAGACAUUGGAGUCUACUGGUGCGAGUCAGCGAGCGGGAACCGCAGCAACAGCGUCAACAUCACAGUGACAGGGAGCCCUGUGAUUCUGGAGAGUCCUGCUCUUCCUGUGUCUGAGGGCAACGACGUGAUGUUCGUCUGCUCUUACAGAGAAGAAGACUCUGCGCCCACGUCAGAUUUCACAGCGUCGUUCUACAAAGAUGGGGUUUUCAUCGGAACCGAGGACAAAGGGAAGAAGCUGCUUCGCUCCGUCUCCACGUCUGAUGAAGGCUUCUACCAGUGUGAACACCCGUCACAGGGAAAGUCACCGCAGAGCUGGCUGAGAGUCAGGAACCGACCUCAGACCGCGGCCCCCACCACUCUUCCUCCUCCUCCUCCUCCUCCUGUUCUGCCUCGGCUGGUGUCCGGCGUCCUGCUGUUCGUCCUCUACACCUUCGUACUGGUUCUGGCCGUUUACACGUACCGAAAGUGGGCUAAAAAUCGAGCUGAAGCUAAAAGAGGGUCUUCUCACCACAGCCUGAGAUGAAACACAAAGGAAACAGUGGAGCAUUUAGUUUCCUGUUCAUCUGCAGGUGACAAUUUUUAUAGAUGCAGCUCAGUUACUGUAACAUAGAACAGAAGUCAACUUCCUGUUGUGAAUAUUUUGAUGAACAUUAUUUGUCACUUAUUACCAGUAGAAACCUCAGUGAUGUUGAAGCUGUUUGACUAAAUUGUGGCCUUUUAUUGACUAAAUGUAAAGAUUUCAAUCUACUUCUCUAAGUUUUGUAUGUUUUUAAUAGUUGUUGUAACCUUUUGACUGAACUAAUAACAGACGAGCCAGUUUAAUAAAGCGACAGAAUAUGACUCUGUUACUGUAGAAAGUCGAGAACAUCACCAGGCAGCUGUGCACAGAUGUUCCCUUGAAAUGUCAGUCUGACUUUUUAACUUUUGCAGAUUUUGUAUUUUUGUAUUAUAUAUAUGUAUAUGUAUACAUAUAUGUAUAUGUAUGUGUAUAUGAAAAAGAUGCCCUGCGAUGGACUGGCGACCUGUCCAGGGUGUACCCUGCCUCUCGCCCGUAGCCAGCUGGGAUAGGCUCCAGCACCCCCGUGACCCCGCACUAGGGAGUAAGCGGUUAAGAAAAUGGAUGGAUGGAUAUAUGAAAAAGAAAAGUGGAAAAGUGGCGAUUUAUUUUUUAAUAUAGUCUCCUUUUAGUUCGAUACACUUGACCCAGCGAUGAUCCAACUUCUUUAACCCAUCAGAAAAAUAUGUUUUCUCGAGGUCCGUGGCGGCAAUGAUUUCCUCAUUCAACUCAAAUUUCUGCCCAGCGAGUGAUGUUUUCAAGUUUGGAAACAAAGAGAAGCCGCACGGGCCAAAUCUGGAGAAUACGGUGAAUCGGGCAGCAGUUCGUAUUCCACCAAUCUGGCCAUGGCGAGGGCGGAGGUGUGAGCCGGAGCGUUCUCAUGGUGGAAGAGACCUUUUUUCUUCGCCAAAUGGGGCCGUUUUUUCUGCAAUUCUGCGUCGAAUCGGCCCAAUAAGUCUAAUAGUACCGCCCUGUGCCUGUGACCGUCUGCCCUCCUCCAGGUAGUCCAUGUACUGUAGAUCACACCGUGUGGAUCCCAGAAAACGAACCAUCGCCUUUCCGGCCGAUAAGACGGUCUUCACCUUCUUCGGGGCACGUUCGCCGGAUGAAGUCCACUGUUUGGACUGUUCCUUGGUCUCUGGUCUGUACCAGUGGAUCCAUGUUUCGUCAACAGUCACGAAACGAUGCAAAAACUCCAUCGAAUUGCGUUUAAACAGCGUCAAACACUGCUCUGAAGUGGUCUCACGGUUGCGCUUGUUGUCGGAGUGAGCAGCUUUUUCAUGCAGGAUAUGCCCCACGUGGUCUUUUGAGAUGCCGACUGUCUCAGCUCAUCUCACGCACCUUCAAUCGGCGUUCUGCCAAUACGAGAUUGUGGAUUUUUGUCACGUUAACCUCCGCGGUAGCCGUUUUCGGGGCCUGGUCGGGGCUCAUGAAAAGCCAAUGUGCGACCACGUUGAAAUUCGUUGAACCAAUUUUUGACGGUCGCCAUGGAAGGAGAAGACUCACCGUAGACUGCAUGCAAGCGCUCUUUGAUUUCACUGCGCGAUUUACCUUUCAAAAACAAGAAUCGGAUCACCGACCGAUAUUGCUCUUUUUCCAUUUUUCUAAAAUCCAUAGACACGCCCACUUCCACACGCUGUCAAAAUAAAAGUAAGAGUUCGAUUCGGCUAAAAUUGAAUAAAAAUUGAAUUGUAAUUUCAACAGUAGCCGUCUAAGAGAAUGUACUACACAAAAGUAAUUUUUUAUGUGAUAGUGGCGCCAUCGUGCGGUGAGGAUAAGUGCUUAUCGGACCACCCUGUAUUUAUAUGUAUGUAUGUGUAUGUACAUAUAUAUGUAUUAUACAAUAAUACUUGUAUACUUAUAUAUAAUUAUGAGGCUCUGUUUUCAGAGACCAAUGACCUGCCUUGUAAGACACAAGUAUUACAUAAUUAAUAAUAUUAUUAUUAUACAUGUAUAAUUUAUAUAUAUAAAUUAUAAACUAUACGGUAAUAAACCAACACACUGGAGGCUGUG